CAGAAACAGCCUCAGAUUUUUCUUUCCCGGAGAUAGCCAGAAGUGAGUGGGCAUGGAGCGGCCGGCGGCGCGCGAGCUGCAGGGCGCCGACGCGCUGCGCCGCUUCCAGGGGCUGCUGCUCGACCGCCGCGGCCGGCUGCACGGCCAGCUGCUGCGCCUGCGCGACGUGGCCCGGCGCCUCGAGCGCCUCCGCCGGCGCUCCCUGGCGGCGCACGUGGCCGGCGGCGCGCUGAGCGCCGCGGGCGCCGUGGCCGCCAUCGUGGGCCUCUCGCUCAGCCCGGUCACCCUGGGCGUGUCGCUGGUGGCGUCGGCCGUGGGGCUCGCGGCGGCCACCGCCGGAGGGGCCGUCACCGUCACGUCCGACCUCUCCCUGCUCUUCUGCAACGCCCGGGAGCUGCGCCGCGUGCGGGAGAUCGCCGCCGCCUGCCAGGACCAGAUGCGCGAGAUGCUGAGCUGCCUGGAGUUCUUCCGCCGCGGCCAGGGCCGCGGGGACCGCCCGCUGCUGCAGUGCGGCCACGACGCCUCCGUCGCGCUCUACAACUCCGUCUACUUCCUCGUCUUCUUCGGCUCACGUGGCUUCCUCAUCCCCCGGCGGGCCGAGGGCGCCACCAAGGUUGGCCAGGCCGUGCUGAAGGCCAAGAUUCAGAAACUGGCCGAGAGCCUGGAGGCCUGCACCCGGGCCCUGGACGAACUCAGCGAGCAGCUGGAGGCCCGAGUCCAGCUCUGCACGAAGGGCGGCCGUGGCCACGACCUCAGGGCCUCUGCCGCCCAGCCCGCGGGGCCGUUUUCCUGAGAACAUCCUUUCCGCCUUGUCCCCCUGGGAGGCUCCAGCUUUGUAGCUCCCUCGGGAAAACACGAAGCUGGAUGAGGAGCUGAACUGAACGCAGAGGAUGGGAAAAACCGUUCUGGAAGCUGGGAGGGGGGAGGAGGGAGUCCUCACAGACCUUCUCAGCUCCCCAUCACAGGACAUCCUGCCUGGGGUUGAGCGCUAGGGGCUUCUUACUUGCCUCAUCCUAUGGGAUGGGUGACCUGAAAACUAUGUUUCCUUUAUCAAAACCGCUCAGUUCCACAACGGUGGGCGCUACGGUUUUAAAGCUGUUUCAGGGUCCCUGGCACAGCGUCUGGGGCGGUGUGGACAGCUUGGGGAGGGGCGGUGUGGACAGCCUCUGGGUCCUCUCCAAGCCCCACUAGGCUUUGAGGUCCUCAGAGUGUCUGUGAGAGGAGACGCUAGCUCUGAAACCUCUCUUUCGGCGUUUCUGAGUAUAAAAUGCUCCAGAAUCCAGAGCAAAUCAGACCCCCUCCGAGCUAGCAGGCUUCACGAGCCGAGGGGGCCCCCUCCCACUGAGGUGCCCUUCCCUCCCUCCUGCUUGUACACGCUCACAAAUCCAGCCUGGGGCAGAGUGCAUCUUCCUGGGUGGGGAGGGGGUCCUAGCCAGACCUCCAGAUAGUCUGGGACGGACCAACUAAAGGGUCCUGUAAUCCCUCCCUCCUCGCGACAAGAAGCGGAGGCCAAGGAAGAUCAAGUGACUAACAGCUUCAUUUACCGACAUCCUGGUGGACAGAAGAGAGCGAUGGCUUUGAGUUAGACAGUCCUGGGUUGGUUACUGGCUCUCUUGCUCCCGUGUGACCUUGGCCAGUUCAUUUCUCUCUCAGACCCGGCUUCCUGGUCUGUAAAACACACGCUAAAAGCUCACCCUGUUGUGAGGUAUUAAGUGGGAUUAAAGUGCCAAGCUCAGUGCCUGGCUCACAAAGUGCGGCCCCAGGACUGGCAACAUUAGAAUCACCUGGGAACUAGUUAGAACGGCAAAUUCUUGGACCCAGCUGUCAACUUGAGGGACCAGAAGCUGGAGGUGGGGCCCCAGCAACCUUUGUAUAAACAAGCCCACCGGGGUGAUUCUGAUAACCUAUUAAGGUUUGAAAACCACUGCAGCUGAUACUGCCAUGUGAUGCCCUCAUGAGCAUUCGUGAUGUCUUACGGCCUCUCCGGGAGCUCCGUGGUCUUCAGAGUCAUUCACAGAAGGUCAAGGACGGACAGUGUUCCAAAAGUAAAAGAAAGAAUGUGUGUGAGCGUGGGAUAGGUCAGUGCCUGCUGGGGCAAUUUCCCGCCGUGUGAAGUAAGGGAUAUAACACAGUAACCCCUUUAGAGGGCAGUGUUGCCCAAUCAUUGUAGAAACUGGUACCUAAAGGACUGUGAACUUCAUGCAAAUUGACCUUGGUCACCUUCUAUGAAAACUGGCAGACCCUGUGUUUUGUUUUUAAUUUAUUUUAAGUUUGUUAUUUAAUUACCGCUUCUUAUUUGCAUUUUAUUUUAUUUAAUCACCACACCACAUUUAGGAAGUAAUAGGAAUAGCAAGUGGCUGAAUGGGAGAAUAGGACGCUCUUUUAAGGAGAUGGGGUUGAGUUUGCCUUCCUCUGGGGGCUCCUGAGCUGCAAAUAACAUUACUCUCCUUGAAUAAGCCUCCCUCUGUCAGAGGGGAAUUUCAUUCGCCAGCAAACGUGGGAAGUUCUGAAUAGAGACGUGGAGCCGAAUUUAAGCUUAUCAGUGGAGGUUUGACUUGCGGGCUACGGAAAAGAUGCAAGCGUAUUUAUCCUGAAGGCCCUUUGCCAGCAAAUAGCACCUUAUCUGAACCUGUUUUAUUCAGGGGAAGAGCCCCAAUUUGGAGGUAUGUGAAGGACACACUCAGUCCUGUGAAAUGAUGUCUCAUGGGUGAUAGAAGAAAUAGCUUGUGUCAUGGUGGCGAUGUGUCAUACUUUCACUUUAGGGUCUGUAAGGAAUCUGUAAGCUGUCUCUAAGAAAAUACGUAUAAUUUCUUCAAUUUCCAUUCCUACAACUGCAAUGUUAAAAAAUAUGUUGAAAAGGCCUUGGGACCGCACACGCAACACUUGGCUGUGUUAUUUAAGUAUUUAAAAUGCUUAAAAUUUGCCCGGUCUACCCCCAGUCUUCCCAAUGAUGGCAGAAUGCCUGAGGAACUAUACUUUCAGUGCCGGGGGAAGGGGUUAGUGGCUGCAGAUUUUUAUUUUUCCUACAAAUUACAAUCGAUCUGUAUCCUGGUUUCUUUUGAAGUUGGUACUGGUUUCUUUUUAAACUGGUGUCGUUUCUUAGACUGCCUUGCAUAGAGAGCUAGCACUGGAGGUCACCAGAAUGUACUUUGCAUUGCCGUUUGUAUUAUAUCACACAGGUACAACUAUUCCCGAACUCCAGAUUUGUUAGUGCUUAAGUUUGAGUUAUAGUCUUCCAAAGGGUGAGCUGUUCCCUAAAAAUAAACCGGGCAUGUCAGGAAACAGCGGCAGCAAACUUUUCCUAUCAUUGGGGUGUUUUGGGGGAUGUCAAAGUCAAACUCACAAAGUUAUCAGUUCAGUGGCCCUCUUUACACCUAAGGAAGAGUGUCUACUUUGGAUUAACGCUUUGCACAUAAUAGGAACGCAAUAAGUGCAUUUGAAUAAUUGAAUGAACUGCUUAGCUACAUUAAUAGGAAUUCGUUGAUAAUGAAAGCUUAUCCAUUUUCUUAUGUGUCUGUUAUAAAGACUGGAGCCUCUAUCAGGAUUUAGUCAAAUGCAGUUAAAUGGAUUCUAGAGACAAAUAUUUAUUUAUUUCUUUUGUGGGAAUGUGAAUAAGGCUUUUCCUUAAGGCCUUCAUUCUAUAAACAAACAGACUGCAAUGGUAUGUUGUAAAAGGAAGAAGGGAGAGGAGUAUUUGGAUUACAAAUGUACUUCAGAAAAAUGUCCGAGUUUGAAAAAUAAAAUUUUUGUACUCGAGUG